CUCUCUUACACACACACACACACAGACAGAGAGACAAUCUUUCAUCUUAUGUUGCAUCUCAGCAUGUGGAAUAACAGCUCUGAAAGUAAUGCCACCUCCAUGGCUGGGAGCACAGGGGUCAUCGAGCAGGCGCUGGGGCUGACUUUAGCUGUCAUGUUAGGGCUGGUGAUUUUCUCCCUGGGUUGCUCGGUGGAGGUGAGUAAGAUCUGGUUCAACCUGAAGCGCCCGUGGGGUAUCUUGGUCGGGCUGGUGUGCCAGGUCGUGGUGAUGCCCCUCACCUCGUACCUGCUGGCUCUGGCAUUCUCCGUGUCACCAGUGCAGGCCGUCGCCAUCAUCGUCAUUGGAUCCUGUCCUGGAGGAACCAUCUCGAACAUCAUCACAUACUGGCUGGACGGCGACAUGGACCUUAGCAUAACCAUGACGAGCGUGUCCACUCUGCUGGGACUGGGCACCAUGCCUCUGAGUCUGUAUCUCUACUCCCACACAUGGGUGGAGGCAGGGAGGAUUGACAUCCCUUAUCUGAAUAUAGGUCUUGCGUGUAUCUGCCUGAUUGUCCCUGCGACCUGCGGCGUGCUGGUCAAUUACAAGUGGCCAAAAGUGGCACGAAUUCUUUUGAAGGUGGGGUCGAUAGUAGGAGGCUUGGUGGCAUUAGGUAUUGGUAUCGCUAGUAUUUUAUUCUACAACGGCCUGUGGAACACUGACACCCCCAUCCUGGUCAUCGGUAGUGUGUUUCCUGUGAUCGGUUACUUCAUAGGGUUUGUCAUCGCCGUUAUAGUACGCCAGCCCUGGAACCGAUGCAGGACCAUCGCGAUGGAGACGGGAGCUCAGAACAUGCAGAUCUGUGGUACAGUCCUGCAGCUUUUCUUCCCUCCACACCAGCUGUCGCAGGUCAUCACACUUCCUAUUAUGUACAGCUGUUUCCAGCUGCUGACGGGCCUACUGUUGAUCAUAGCUUAUCAAAUUUAUAAGAGGAUGGCGUAUCAGAAUAAUUUUAUGACCUCAGAGGAAAACGGCCAGCCCAUAGAAAAUGGUCCUAAUGGGGAAAUCAACGCCACCUACACUACCUACAUGAGUGACUUCAUGUAAAGCUGACAGGAACACCGAGCGACCUCGAGUAUCAGUCACGAACGAUUAAAAAUAUCUCCCUGGUGGAGUGCUACGAUUCAGUGUAACUCUCUGAAUUUGUACAUGCGCUGUAUGUAAACAAUUUGUUUUUGUUUUGUUCAACUCUAACACUUGAUAAGCACUGUGAAACUAGGCUAGUUAAGCUCGGAGAAGCUAGCACUCAAGAUUAUCUACCAGAAAAAAAAAAGAUUUCAAAACAAUAGAACCCCUCACAGAAUUUGUAAUCGUUUUAAUGGUUAUAAUGGGAAUUGCAUUGGUUUUAAUGGUCCCUGCGGGUCUCUACCGUGAAGGACCUGCUGUAUAAUGGUAAAGAUUUUAAUAGUUUAUAGUUGAUAGUAUUUGUAAUGGUAUUUGUAGUGGAAACCAUUAGAAUUUCCGUGAUGGUUUCUAUUGUUUCUAUUGUUGCUAGUUUCGUAUGAUGUAGAAUCGACACGUACGGCCGUCCAUUUGUUUCUUACAAUUCAGCGAUUUAUACACACCACUGUUUGUUCAAACUGUACAGCAUUAAACGUAACUAUAAACGGAUGAAAUCGAAGUGUUGUUCAUCGAUACAUUAAAAAUUGUAGUCAAGACCGCCGUUUUCCCAGUCCAACACCAGGACUAGCCGAGUUCGAGUCGAGGUCGAGGCAAGAUGGAGUCCGAACGAAUCAUGAUGGAGGCAUCGAAUCCUUUUCGAGUCAGCUUCGUUUGUGCGAUGCGCCGGAGAUGACGCUGUUUUUCUCCAAGAAAAAAAAGACAUUGUGUUCACAAUGACUCGGACCAGAACUAGACCGUGUGUAACGAGACCAACGUCCAAGACCAAAUGGCUCUGAAUCCGAGACAAAUCCAAGACAAUACAGAAAGUCCUAUAGCCUUAGGUAUAAAAAAAAAAAAAGAAGAAGAACAAUAAAACAAUUCAGGACAUCCUGUUAUAGAAAAACCAGAACAUCACGACACUGAGUGUUUUAUUUCCUCUACAGAGUGUAAUGUUUUUUUCCAGGGCUCUAUAUUAUGCGUAGCUUAUUUUAUUUUCUUUUUACUGUUCUGUUUUAUUACGUGUUUAUUUUUCCCAAUGUUUUUAGGAUUGUAACUGGGUUUUUAUGAUGUUAUUGUGUUAUGCAGUACAGAGUUAGAGGUGCUACUGCACUUUAAACACUGAAACAUACACAGGGGUGGGCACAGGGUGUCUGAGGGGCAGGGGCACCCUAAGGGGUACUUCAUCAUAUUUUCUCAAAGGUAUCCGCACCCUAGAGGGCACUUCGUCAUGUUUUCUCACACAUAUCAGCUCCCUAGAAAGCAAUUCAUCGUGGUUUUUAUUUUAUUUUAUUUUUUUUUACAUGUACGGCACCCUAGAAGGCAUGACAUUAUCAUGUUUUAUAAAACAUGUCAGUAACUUAGAAGACACUUCAUCAUACUUUCUCACAAGUAAUGGCACCCUAGAGGGCACUUCAUCGCAUUUUAUCAUACGUAUCAGCACCCUAGAAGGCACUUCAUCAUAUUUUCUCACAUGUAAUGGCACCCCUAGAGGGCACUUCGUCAUAUUUUAUCACACAUCAGCACCUGAGGAGGCACUUUGUGAUAUUUUCUUACACGUAAUGGCACCCUUGAGGGCACUUCAUCAUAUUUUCUAACAUGUAAUGGCACCCUAGAGUGCACGUCAUCAUAUUUUCUCAUAUGUAGCAGCCCGCUAGAUGGCAAUUCAUCAUGUUUUCUGACAUGUAUCAGAACCCUAGGGGGCUCUUCAUUAUAUUGUCUUGCAUGAAUCGGCACCCCAGAGGUCACUUUGUCAUGCUUUCAGCACCCUAGGAGGCACUGCAUCUCAUUUUCUUGCCUGUAUCGGAUAAUGCACUACAUCACAUAUUCUUCACUGGAAAGGCACCCUAAAUGGCACUUCAUCACAUUUUCUCGAUUGUAUUGGCACCCUCAAGGCAUUUCAGCAUGCUUUUUUUGCAUGCUACACCCUAGGGGGUUUUUUUCUUCAUGCGAAGGGCAGACAUUAGGGCACUUUCUCACAUUUUCUCCAUUGCAAGGGAAAUCAAAAUGAAGUCGAGAGGCUAUCACAUUUGACUUAUGCUAUAGGCAACUAGCUAGAGUAACCUUAAUUUUUUUUUUGAGUAACAUCGUACUCUAGUCUGUGCUAGAAAGAAAUUAGCCCCAACUUCACAGCCAUCUACUUCAUACCAUUUUGUGUAUUUCUUACUUAUGACUGUUGGUGGUGCUGUAGUUCCUGGUUCAACAAAAAUAGUCCACUUUAAUUAAUUCAUUAACAGCAAAUAAUCUGAUAUGGCUGGUAGAAAAUUCAAAAGUUUGCCACUGUAACGAGAUAAUCAAUGUUAUUCACUUCACUUGUUAUUGGGUUUAAUGUUAUGGCUGAUCGGUGUAUAUGAUAUUUGGACCCGAACUAUUCAUAAUUCAGAGAAGUUUUCUUAGAAGCAAUCAUGUGUGAAAAUUAAUGUGAAAAUAAACGAAUCGUGUGGAAAACCAAAUGUAAAAAAUUUAUUAAUCAUGUGUAAAGAUCACGAUGAGUUGUGCAUAAAAAUCAAACGUGGACAUUAGUGAAUAAAAAAAAAACACGUGAAAAUUAAUCACGUAAAAAUGAAU